UCUCUCUCUCUCCCCCCUGUCACCGUUCUCUCUUUUCUUCGUUUUUAUGCCCGAGCCCCCCUCUCUCCCUCCCUCCCUCCCCCGUCUCCGCCUCCUCUCCUGUCUCUGAGACUCUGUCCCUCUCUGCACUCCAACGCACCACCGCUCCGUGGGCCUCGCCCUCGCCCUCGCCGUACUCGCCUCUCCCUCCCCGGCGGUGUGCUGCUCUGUGCUUCUCCCUCCCGCGAACCGCCGCUGAAUCUCGCCGCUCCUCCGCUCCGGUUCAGAUUCUCUCGCUCCCGCCUCGGGGCGUCCGUUUCUCGUCCGAGAGGCCGGAGGGCUCCGCGCGCUCGGGACCGGGAGGCUUUGCGCGGCUCGCGUGCAUGGAGGCUAAGAUGGAGUCACUCGAUCUUGAAGACAAUGGUGACCACCAGCCUUCUUCAGAAGCUUCUCUUGCUUCAGAUGUGAUAUGUGAUGACACACCAGUAUGUCCAUGCAUUGGAAUUGAGCACCAGGCAGAAAUCCCCAAACUGGUUACAGAGGAUGAGCACCAUGAGCUCAUGACCAGUUCACUUAGCGAUUCCACGUUACGUGGUUAUGGUUACCCUGUUGUGGUUGGGUUAGCUCUACCAAUUAUGUGGGCAUCACCAAGUGAAGUCAAUAAGGAGGAAGAGGAACUACAAACGCAAAAAAAUUCAGAAACCGAAGCAAGAGCCAAUAGCAGAGAUGAGGAAAGUCAGGUGACCUCAAUUUGUCCAACCAGCAAUAACACAAGCAAAUGCGAUCCAACUUAUCAGGAUCCUGAGAGAGUGGUGCUAGUAGUUCAGGUUGAAUCUGACAGUAAUCAAGCACAUGAUGAAAAAUUGGCUCCUUGCCCCACUCAAGAAGGCGUCAACUUCAUCAAUAAUCCAAUGAUGCAGCAAAGAGAAACCAAACAAUUAAAUCCACUGCCUUAUUCACCCAUUGCCCUUUGGAGUGAUCAUGAGGCAGAGCUGUUUCUCCUUGGGCUCUACAUUUUUGGCAAAAAUCUGAACCUGCUGAGCAGGUUUCUGAGUACUAAGAGUGUUGGCGAUGUGCUUUCAUACUACUACGGGAAGUUCUACCAAAGAGAUGCAUAUAAAAGAUGGUCGGACUGUAGAAAGGCAAAAAAUAAGAGAUGCAUUCUUGGGGAACGCAUUUUUCAAGGAUCACGACAGCAAGAGCUUAUAUCACGUCUGAAAUCUAAAAUCCCUACUGAAGCUCAUGAUUCAUUGAUUGAGGUUUUCAAAUCUUUCAGUGAUAGUCAAACAUCUUUGGAGGAAUUUGUCUUCACUCUGAAAUCCAUUGUUGGAACAGAAGCUUUUGUGGAGGCGGUUGGGAUUGGUAAAUGGAAGCAUGAUUUGACUGGGUCUGUUAUGGACCCUUCUAAACCAAAUCAAGUUCUCUCUGUUCACCCCGACUUGCCUGCAGGCAAAGAUUGUUCCUCACUUGCUUCAGAAGAUAUAAUCAAGUUCUUAACUGGUGAUUUCAGAAGAAGUAAGACAAGAUCGAAUGAUAUUUUUUGGGAAGCUGUCUGGCCUCGUUUGCUUGCGAAAGGGUGGCACUCGGAGCAACCAAAAGAUGUCAGCACAACUAAGACUUGCCUUGUAUUUCUUGUGCCGGGCAUCAAAAAGUUCUCCAGAAGCAAACUCACUAAAGGCACUCAUUAUUUUGAUUCUGUCAGCGAUGUCCUUAAAAAGGUGGCAGCGGAUCCUGUUCUUCUUGAGUUGGAGGCUGAUGGAAUAGACAAUGGUUUAACUGCUGAGAAAAAUGAUUGUAUCACAGAUAUGAAACUGAACCAAGAUAGUCCUUUAGAUGGAUAUCAGGAGCUUCCGAAGUUCACAAUAAUUGAUACUAGCUUAGUCGAAGGGGAAGCACCUUUCAAAGUGAGGGAGCUGAGGAGCUUACCUGCAGAUGCAAAUAUUACUUUUGGCCUUAUACAUCAUUCAUCUAAUAUGGUGAGUGAUAGUUCCUCGGAGGAGCAAGAUGCCAGUGAUAGAUUAUCAGGUGACCAGGGAAAUUGUGGACGAGUUACAGCUGAUGUAAAGGACAUUGAAAUGGUUUCAGUGGAUUCAUUGCAAAACAUGGUGACUGCUAAUGGUCAUUCUUCGAAUGGCAAUGAUGACAAAAUUGAUUUGACAAUAACCUAUGGCCUCAAAACAAAAACUGAAAGGCGCAAGUAUUUAUCCCCAGUGUCAAAGCGCAGAAGAUUAGCUAGCUGUAGUAAUGAACAGACCAGCCGACACAGCUUUUCUUUCUCGAAAGGUGGUGGUUUAGAGAAAGAGAAAAACAAGCCACUAUCUACUUCAUCAAAACCAAUUGCUGUUGAUGCUGGUGGCACUUUCCAGACCAAAACAAUUGCAAGCUGUUCAACAAAGGAGAAGCCAUCUGAGCCGAAAAGAGAUGCAGCGCACUCUCUUACCAAUGAUGGGCCAAAUGAGAAAAUGAGUUUAGCGAACUUAAUUGAGGACAAGUCAUUUGAGUGUUCAGAGGCACAAGUUCGUUCAAAGAUCACUGUCGAUGAGACACAGUUUGCCAAAGAAAGUGCUCAGGUUAGUGGUCUGAUCAACUCGAAUAAGCUGGAGACAACACACAGCGAUAAGGCAAUCAGAAACAUACGCAUCACAUCAUCAGAUAAUCAUGGUGGUAUGAAGGCUGAUGAAGCCCCCUCCGUUUCAAACAGCAACAUGGUUUGUGAUCCUUCGGAGGCAACAGGAAGACCUGCUAGCAAACAACCUGAGCUUGCUUUGCAGGCAAAUCCUCGGAGGCAUGGAACCAGAAACAGGCCUCCCACUGCAAAAGCUUUAGAAGCUGUUGCUUUUGGACUUCUUGGAAGCGGGAAGCGGAAGGGUGACCCAAAGAACACGUUGACAAACCGGCCUUCUCAGCGAGCUCGCAAAUCCACCAAAGACUUGGUUUCUAUGGCCAGUGGCGACGCAGAGAAGUCCAGCAUGGAUGCAGAAGCGCAACGAUGAGUGGGUUUUUAUGCAUUCAUUGGCAUGUAUAACAAACAGCGAGGCACUAUGUGUGGGUGAUGAAUAUCAAGCAACUAUACGAGGCCUUCAAGUAAAGUUGUCUUCAGCUGCUGAUGCACCGUGCCAUUGUCUGCCUAAUGUAACCAUGCAGGAGGGCCUGACGACGAUGGUACAGGUGCAUGAUGAUCAUCUUUUCUGCGAGACUCAUAAUUAGUUUUCGUUUAUUUCAUAGAGUCGUGUGCCUGUCAAGGCUUGCAAAACCAACUUGUACUGGAGAGAGGAGAAAAAAAUGCCAUAUUGGCGAAUUCAGUUAUGAGCUUACCAGGAUUUAACCUUUUCGAUUGA